AUGGAUUCAUUGGGUAAAGGAGAUGAUAUUAAAGGAGAAAUGAGAGGAUCUGCUCGUGAAAUAAAGAGAUCAUUAAAUACAACCGUUGACUCUAUUGAAAAAGGUGGAGAAAAUGUUGUGGAUAGUGUCCAAGAGAAUCUCAAAUCAUUUGACAAUUUCAAAGAGAACUCGAAAAAGAAUGUUGAAAAGGGUGUCAAGAAUGCAAAGGAAAAGGCUGUCGAUGUCAAAGAGACUAUUGUCAACAAGACCGUUGAUGCCAAGGAAGCUAUUGUCAACAAGGCUGUCGAUGCCAAGGAAGCUAUCAACCAAUCGGCCGCCAAUGCCAAGGAGACUGUUGACCAUGCCAUUGAAAACACCGAAGGUGCAUUGGAGAGUGGUUGGUCAAAUGCCAAGGAAACAUUGGAGAACAUCGUCGACGGUACCAAGAAUGUAGUCAACAAGGCUUCUGAAAAUGUAUGGGGUUUCUGGGAGGACAAAAAGGAUGCUACCAAGGACGUCAUGAACAAGGCCACAGAGAAUGCCCACGUUGCAUUGGACAAGACCAAGGAGGUCGUCGACGAUGGAUUGCACAAGACCAAAGAGGUGUACUCUGACGUCAAGAAGAACGUCGAUGCUGGUGUCGAGACUAUCCGCGACAAGGCCCAAGAGACUGGAUCAUAUGUUUGGGACACCUUGGAAAAGGGCGAGGAAAAGGUCAAGGACAUGUUGCACACUGCCGGCGACUACAUUGACAAGUCUGGAAAGGUGCAAGACGAAUGGAGCAACUUGGAAAAGAAGGUCAAGGGAGACGUGUUUUUGCGCGGCGAUGGCAAGUACGACGCGACACUCCGCGAUGGAAACUGGUCGUGGUUUGGUAAGCAAGGAUUCUUUGGUCGUCUGCUCAACCAGGACGGAUGGUACAUUGACAACCCAUCGAGUGAUCCACUCCAAGAUUUUGUCGAUGGAAAGAUGUGUAAGGGUUCCGACAUGUUUGCUAAACCAGUCGACUCUUGGUCAUCGCCCAGAAGAAACAUCAUUGAAAAGAAAGAGACCACUCGUUUGAUUCGUCGUAGACUUGGCGACCUUGAAGAUUUAAAGGAACCACUCUACUAUUAUGAAGAGGUCAAGGUUGCUGCCCCAGUUGUCGUCAAUGACUCGUUCCAGUCGAUCAGCAAGGGUCACGGCACUUCUCUCCAAAAGGGACUUGGGGAACUAAAGGGAUUCGUCAAUGAAAAUGCCAAGGAUAUUGAAUCGCAAGUAUGGUCUGGUUCCAAGUCGAUCCAAUCCCAAGUCAACAAGGGCAUCGAUAAUCUCAAGUCUGGUGCAGUCGACUACCAAUACCAACUCAACCAACGUACCGGCAUGCUCCAAGACAAGCUUGAAAAGGAUGCCAACGCCAUCUACACUGAUCUCUACCAGGACACUCUCUCGUUGCAAGACCAGUUCAAAAAGACUACCCACGGUUUGAAGAAGGAAUUCAAAAAGAAUACACAUGACCUCCAAGACCGUAUCCAUGAGUCGACCACAGACCUCAAGGGCAAGAUUGGCAAGUCGAUCGAGUCGGUCCACACACACCCCGAGAUCAACAUUGACAAGGAAGUGCACCUCCUCAACGUCAAGGUGGCCGAUGGUGUCAAGAAACUCCGUUCCGAGGCCUCUCAACUCAACGACAUCCUCGCCAAGGGAUCCAACCUGUUGGAGGGUGACGCUAUCGACCUCCACGCCAAGAUCCAAGCUCGUUUGGACCAUCUCCGUCAAGAGAGUAUCAACCUCCAAAAGUUUGCAUCCAACGGUGUCGGAAACCUCCAGUCUAUCGCCAAGGACCUCCAAAUCAAGACUGACAUGGGUGUUGGUAACUUGAGAAAGAAUGCACUCGACAUUCAAUUGCAAGCCCAAAAGGAUCUUGACCUCUUGCAACGUGACAUCAAGACAUCGUACGACAAGAGUGUCCUGUCGAUUGGAAACAUCCGUGGGGAUAUCAAGGCUGGCACCGACCGUCUCCGUGACGAUGUCAUCACAGGUACCUCGCAAAUGUCCAACAAGAUGAAAAAGGGUACUCAAGACUUGUACGAACUUGCCAACCACGGAUCGAUCGACCUCCAAAACAAGAUGAAAAAGGCGGUUGGUGAAUUGGACGAUUCUGCCAAGAAGGGUCUCGACGAACUAAAGUCAGAGAUUCGAUUCCCUGCUCGUGAUCGUGUCGUCAUUGACGGUGGUCAAGAUGCAUGGGGAAAUGACGGUCAAGGUUGGUUCCAAGGUAUCAUUCAAAGUACUCAAACCAAGUUGGGUGAAUUCUUUGACACUGCCAAGGAGGAAUCCAAGGUGAUUGAAAAGGAAACCACUGAAAAGAUGCGUAACCUUGAAGACUGGGGUUGGGAAGUAAAGGGCAAGAAGAUCCAAGGAGCUGAACCAUUUGAAACCCAAGCCACUGCCAUCUCUUCAAUGGGAGAAUCUAUCCUCCAAACUGGCCAAGACUUGCUCCACUCUGCCAACCAUGCACUCCAUGAAAUCCAAAAGACUGCCAACAAUGAAAUCGAUGAACAAUUUGAUGCUAUCCGUGAUGUCAACAAAAAGGUGAUUGAAAUUGGUCAUGACGCCGUACAAGAAACCAAAAAGGUGGCCAACAACAUCAACAGAAACAUCUUUAAUGAAUGGGACUCUUACAAUCACCAAGCUGGUGCCCUCUAUGGUGGUGCUGGUGGUCUCACUGGUCUCUUUGCUGGUAACUACCUCUUCCCAAGACUUCGUAGAACUAGACUCGGAGCUAUCCUUGGUUUAGGUGCUCUAGGUGGUUGGUAUGGUUUAAAUCAACCAAAAAAGAUUCAUAAAUUUGAAAAGAAGGAUCUUUAA